AUGGAUGACGUGACUAAAACUUUACACAUGGCAGUAUCGACGGGGAAGAUUAAUGAAGUAACAGAAUUGAUCCAAAAGGGUGCUAAUGUGCAUGAAGCAGACGAACAUGGAAACACGUGUUUACAUAUUGCAGUGAAGAACGACCAAAAGGACACAUUUGAGUUUCUCAUUAAACAUGGUGCUGAUGUCGAUAAGCCCGGGUCAAAGGGGAAAACACCCUUACAUAUUGCUGCCUCACUGGGGUUUCUUAAGGUAACAGAAAUUAUUCUCCGACAUGGAGCCCAUGUGAAUAGAGGGAAUAACACCGGUUGGACUGCAUUGCAGUAUGCAGCUGGGAAUGGUAAGAUUGAAGUUACCCAAUAUCUCAUCAGUCAAGGAGCUGAAGUUAAUAGAAGGAAUGAUAAUGGAUGGACUGCAUUACACGCUGCAGCUGUAAAAGGUCAUUCUGAUGUAAUCAAAUAUCUCAUCAGCCAAGGAGCUGAAGUUAAUAGAGGGAAUGAAUCUGGUAGGACUGCAUUACACAUUGCAGCUGAUAAAGGUCAUCUUGAUGUAAUCAAAUUUCUCAUCAGUCAAGGAGCUGAUGUGAGUAAAGGGAAAGUUCAUGAAUGGACUGCAUUACACAGUGCAGCCAAGAAUGGUCAUCUUGAUGUCAUCAAACAUCUCAUCAGUCAAGGAGCUGAAGUGAAAAAAACGGGAUAUCAUGGAGCUGAAGUGAAUAAAGGGAAUGAUAAUGGUUGGACUGCAUUACACAGUGCGGCUGAGAAUGGCCAUCUUGAUGUAACCAAACAUCUUAUCAAUCAAGGAGCUGAAGUGAAUAAAGGGAAUCUUGAAGAAUGGACUGCAUUACACAUUGCUGCUAAGAAUGGUCAUCUUGAUGUAACCAAAUGUCUCAUCAGUGAAGGGGCUGAAGUGAAUAAAGGGAAUGGUAAUGGAUGGACUGCAUUGCACAGUGCAGCUAAGAAUGGCCAUCUUCAUGUAAUCAAAUAUCUCAUCAGUCAAGGAGCAAAGGUCAACAAAGGAAACAUUACUGAAUGGACUGCAUUGCACAAUGCAGCUAAAAAUGGCCAUCUGGACGUCACCAAAUAUCUCAUCAAUCAAGGAGCUAAAGUGAACAGAGGUGAUAUUAAUGGCUUGACUGCUUUACACGAUGCAGCAGUGAAAGGUCAUUUUGAUAUCAUCAAAUAUCUCAUCAGUCAAGGAGCCGAAGUGAAUAAAGGUGAUAAUGGUGGCUUGACUGCAUUGCACAAUUCAGCUAAGAAUGGCCAUCUUGAUGUCAUCGAAUAUCUCAUUAGUCAAGGAGCUGAAGUGAAUAUUGGGAAUUGUACUGGUCGGACUGCAUUACACAUUGCAUCUCGAAAAGGUCUUCUGGAUGUAAUUGAACAUCUCAUCGGUCACGGAGCCGACAAGAAUAAAGGAGAUGUGGACGGCUCGACCGCAUUACACAGAUCAGCUGAAAAUGGUCAUCUUGAUGUCGCCAAAUAUCUCAUCAGUCAAGGAGCUGAAGUGAAUAGAGGGAAUAAUACUGGUCAGACUGCAUUGCACCUUGCCGCUGCAAAUGGUCAUCUUCAUGUCACCCAAUGUCUAAUCAAUCAGGGAGUCGAGGUGAAUAAAAAAGAUGGUGAUGGUCAGACUGCAUUGCUCUUUGCUGUCCAGGAUAGCCAUGUAGAAGUCUUCGACUAUCUGAUAAGUCAAGGAGCUAAAGCCGACUGGGGAAUCGCUGAUAGUUGUGCAAAAUUACUCUCUGCUGUUCGCCCUGGUAUUGUUCCUACUCACCUUGCUCCAGAAGCACGCCCUGAAUUAGACGACAUCCACGGAACAACUCCUCUAGAGCUGUCUUUGCUACUUGGAUAUCAAAACAUCGCUAGGUUUCUACUCACAUGUUCCCCGUCUGAGGUCACCAAGAGUUAUUUUCAUCAUGCGAUAGAACACGGUCAUACUUCUGUUGUUGAGUAUCUAGUCAAUCAUGGAGCGGAUCUCAACCUUAAGUUUGCCUCGGCCAGACGUGUCUUCAUGAAGCAAUAA